UCGGGAGAGUGGAACCCAGAAGGGCGUUCAUGUGCUUGAGGUCACACAUGGAGGGGGUGUCGCCGGGGACAGAAGCGGGAAGGCAGGACCUGUCCCAAGGCGGACAGAUUAUGUUUACUUUGAGAAUUCAUCCAGCAACCCAUACCUAAUCAGAAGAAUAGAAGAGCUCAACAAGACUGCAAGUGGCAACGUGGAAGCAAAAGUCGUGUGCUUCUAUAGACGACGUGACAUUUCCAACACACUUAUAAUGCUUGCCGAUAAGCAUGCUAAAGAGACAGAGGAAGAGACGGAGAUGACGGUUGAGGCUGACUUGACUGAGAAGCAGAAGCAUCAGCUGAAACAUAGGGAGCUCUUUCUGUCCCGCCAGUAUGAAUCCCUUCCUGCAACACACAUCAGGGGGAAGUGCAGCGUUGCCCUGCUGAAUGAGACAGAAUCGGUGCUGUCCUACCUUGACAAAGAGGAUGCCUUCUUCUACUCAUUGGUGUAUGACCCUUCAGUGAAGACAUUAUUAGCUGACAAAGGUGAAAUCAGAGUGGGCCCAAAGUAUCAGGCUGACAUUCCAGAUAUGCUACCGGAAGGAGACUCAGAUGAGAGGGAGCAAUCAAAAUUGGAAGUUAAAGUUUGGGAUCCCAAUAGUCCACUUACAGAUCGACAGAUUGACCAGUUUUUAGUUGUAGCCCGUGCUGUUGGGACGUUUGCCCGUGCCCUGGAUUGCAGCAGCUCCGUGAGGCAGCCCAGUUUACAUAUGAGCGCCGCUGCGGCCUCCCGAGACAUCACCUUGUUCCAUGCCAUGGAUACGCUGUAUAGGCACAGCUAUGACCUGAGCAGUGCCAUAAGUGUCCUGGUGCCACUUGGAGGGCCGGUCCUGUGCAGAGAUGAGAUGGAGGAGUGGUCGGCCUCUGAAGCCAGCUUAUUCGAAGAAGCACUGGAAAAAUAUGGCAAAGACUUCAACGACAUCCGUCAGGACUUUCUCCCGUGGAAGUCCUUGACUAGCAUCAUUGAAUAUUAUUACAUGUGGAAAACUACUGACAGAUACGUGCAGCAGAAACGACUAAAAGCGGCCGAAGCCGAGAGCAGGUUGAAGCAAGUGUACAUCCCAACUUACAGCAAACCAAAUCCCAACCAAAUAUCCACCAGCAAUGGCAAGUCUGGCACUGUGAACGGAGCUGUGGGGACCACGUUCCAGCCCCAGAACACCCUCCUAGGGCGAGCCUGUGAAAGCUGCUAUGCCACACAGUCUCACCAGUGGUACUCCUGGGGUCCACCUAAUAUGCAGUGUAGACUGUGUGCAACCUGUUGGCUGUAUUGGAAAAAGUAUGGCGGCCUGAAAAUGCCCACGCAGUCAGAAGAACAGAAGUCUCCCAGUCCUACCGCAGAGGACCCACGCGUGAGAAGCCACCUGUCCCGGCAGGCCAUGCAGGGCAUGCCAGUCCGGAACACUGGGAGUCCCAAGUCCGCAGUGAAGACCCGCCAAGCUUUCUUCCUCCAUACUACAUAUUUCACGAAAAUUGCUCGGCAGGUCUGCAAAAACACCCUGAGGCUGCGGCAGGCAGCGAGACGGCCGUUUGUUGCUAUUAAUUAUGCUGCCAUUAGGGCAGAAUAUGCAGACAGACAUGCUGAACCUUCUGGAAGCCCACUGAAAAGCAAAAGCACUAGGAAACCUUUGUCGUGUAUCAUUGGGUAUUUAGAGAUCCAUCCUGCAAAGAAACCUAAUGUAAUUCGAUCUCCACCAAGCCUGCAAACUCCAACCACCAAGAGGAUGCUGACCGCCCCGAACCACACCUCUCUGAGCAUCCUGGGGAAAAGAAACUACAGCCAUCACAAUGGCCUGGAUGCCUCCAAGAUUCGGAUGGUGAAUUCUCUGGUUUUCGGAAGGGGAGGACAUGAACUCAGAAGCCUGCAACUAGAGACUGUAAAAGAGAUUGCUUUUGUGGCAUCGGUUGGUCAGAGGGCAGAGUCUCCGAGUCUACGGGCUUCAAGUACUUCUGAGUAGUCAAACCAAUAGGGAACAUUUUGCAGAAAUCAAAAACUUACCUGCUGUGUGUCAGACUGAGCUAUCCCUAUUCCCUCCUGUUCUUCAAGACCUGCUACUGUCCCCGCUGGUGGUCACAGCCACGCCUGGAAAGAAGAAGGUGGUCCCUUCGGUGGGAGAGCUCCGUGCACACUCCUUGGAGGCCUAAAGGGGCAGGGAAGAAACUGUCGGAGCUCGCCGUCUGUGUGUGUCUGUGACUCCGUGUGUGUGUGUGUGUGUGUGUGUGUGUGUGUGUGUGUGUGUGUGUGUGUGUACCGGUGGCACCUGGCUUCCUUCCCAGAGACCUUGCUGCCCCAGAACGGACCUGUCUGAGAACCGAGGCAGGCAGGGAGGGAGCCACUAGCCCCCUCGCUUCCCAGUUCCCAACUCCCAGGAGCAGCUAAACCUCUCCGCGGAGGCUGCUGAGAGCCCGGAGCCCCACUGCCCUGCAUGUGUCCAGCCUACUGUUUCAUGCUGUGAAAUUGUGUACAGGAGGUGCCCGGCGUCUUUCUGAGUGGCUCCUCCCUCGGAAUGUGCCAGUGUUUCUGCGGUUCAUCAGGUUUCCCCGCCCUCGCUACUGUAUCUCUUGGCUUUUUCCUCAGUAGGCUGCCUUUCUCUCCUCGCUGGGGAAAUUACUCUUUCUGCAUCCUGUACAGGGUUUGCUCCCACCCUCUAUGGGGCUGCAGGGUCUGGGGAAGCAGAUUGUUCUUGACCUUGGCCAGCCUGCAAGUGACUCUCAGCAUCUGUUUUGUCACUCAGAGAGACUGGGGUAGGACAGGUUUCCCUUCCGUCCUGGGGAGCUCGACAGAGAGCAGGCAUUAAGACAGAGAGCAGGCGUUAAUCGUGCGGAUCACUGUGACAAGCUGUUUGGCUUACUGCCCUCUUCCCUUAUAGCUAAAGCAGCUGACAAGGACCUGUAGCUGGGGUGGAGGGGUUACGAAUCUCCCCCCCCCCCGCCCCUGCCACCCCAUUUUAUUUUGAGUAGACUCUGUUGGGUCUGAGGGGUAGGGUAAAGGAUGGAAAUCCUAUUUGUAGAUAUGAAUCUAUGUAGAUGGCUUUGUGAUGCCUAACCCCUCCAGCUUUUUUUGUGAGCAUAUGUGUUAGGGCCCCUGGAGAUCUCUGCCUACUUUACUGCCCUGGAUACAAGCCUUCAGUGACAUCCUAGAUGGCUCCUCUGUCAGCCUCCACACUUAGCUGCAGUCACCAAAGUUAACUCCCUGAGCAGAGGGCGUGGCCACCUCUCCAUUAGCAGGGACAGGCUGUGGAGGACAGAGUCCCAGCACUGUGACAAGUCAAGUCCGAUCUUGCAACUACCUUGGGUUCUGUGUCCUAGAGCAGCUGGGUGGCUGAUAGGAGGUACUCCAAGCGGAUGGUUGCAAGACGGAGUGGCCACAGCUGGAAUCGACCCCACCCCUAAGAAGAGUAAGUUGUCACAAAAGUGGUGGUGACAUUUGGAAGUCUGUGUGCCAUGCAGCAGAGCGGAGGGGUGUGUGGUUAAGAGCAAUGGCCAGAGUCCAGCUGCCUUGUCCUCUCCCAGGACUCUCUGGGGAGGACUUACUUUUCAUCAUAGGCCUCUCCACAGCUGUGACAAGUUCUCACCACUGCUAGGCCAUGGCCUGGGGCCCUGCAGGUAGGGCCUGGGUCAGUGGCGCUCCGUGAACCAGGUGCAGACGGCUGGCAUCUCCCUGUAGCGUUCCCAUCAGCAAAGACCCAAGAGAUGGAACAACCGGCCAUUUGGGUAUUUCUUCUGCAAAGAAAAAGAAGAGUUUCUGCAACUUUCCGCGUCUGGCCCCACACUGGGUUUAUGUGGCAUACAGACACAGGGAGGAACGCCUGCCUCCUGGCUCACUUUCCCCUUCUGCCGCAUCGAGAAUGACAGCUCACUGUGCUGACAGGUCAGUCACCCCGACUUCUGGGGCUUCGUGCUCUCUACCAAGUCCAAGAGAUCUGGAGGAGGUGAGGCACAGGAGGCCUGUCCUAGCCUAGGUCACAGUUAGCUUGGGGAAGAGCACAGCUCAUUCUGAGCCCCGUGGAUCCAGAAUGUUCCUUAUCACCUUGCUUGUGAGAGCUGGCUCUUGCCGCCUCAUCUUCCCAACAUAACUAAGCGUUUUUGCUCCCCCUGAUAGCUGGGAAGACCCAACAGGCUGAAGGAGUGUUCCAGGGUAAAUAAGACAGAUUCCUAGGGACCCGGUCUUUUGUCUUUGCCUUUCUGAGCCCGCAGUGUUGCGUGUGUGUGUGUGUGUGUGUGUGUGUGUGUGUGUGUGUGUGUGUGUGUGGCAUGUCCCUGUUUCUCGGUGAGCAGAUGAGUCGGACGAACUGAGGCUGUCUUCACAGGCAUACAGUGGUGCUGGGCCCCCUGGGAAGACAUCCCUUCCGUGCUCAAAUGUUGUCACCACUCUAAUAGACUAAGGGAGUGCAAAAGAGGGGGACCGAAGGAAGUUGCUGGCAGCUCCCAUGGUACUGCCCUGUCUGUGGCCCAGUGUCUGUCAUUCAGGGCCCAGCCAGGAAAGCACAACUCGUUUUUAGGGUUCAUACCGAGAAGCAUGAAGAGUAGGGAGGGGAAGUCCAGUGAAGAGGCUGUGUAACUAUAGGCCAGGGCCACUGGGAAGGAGCCAAAGCUGUAAGGGGUCAGAGAAGGGAGAAGGAACUUGGCCCCCUCUUUCCAGCCUGUGGACUUCUGUGGGUGCCCCACACUAGCUGGCUCCAGCCAGAGGCCAUCCUACCCUGGGAGCCUGUGGGCUCAGCCCCCAGCCUGCAGCAGGGACCGGCUGAUGACGAGCAGGCCUGUGGCAGGGACGCUGCCAUGUGCUGUGUCUUCAGAGACUGGCAAUUCCUCGGCAGUGCUUAAGACCUUGGGGAAGGAGGCAGAGGAGUGACCUCCUUAGGUUUUUAGGUUGUUUUUCACCCUCCUGAGGAGGAAAGAGCUCUAUUGGGGGGAGGAGGAGGCCUUUCUUCACAGUCACCCCUGCUUUCCUUUGGAGGUGUUUGCCCACAAAAUCACCAUGCCUUGUACCCCCUUCCAGAAAGCCAUGUUCUGAUUUCUGUGUGACCUGCCUGCCUGUUCCUCUCCUCCAACUCUCUGGUUGUCCCCCUCUACCCCCUGCCGUGAGCACUAACCAGAGCCACCCUCAGUGCUUGGGGAAGCUCUCCCACACGUGCGUGCCAGUGUGGCCUGUCUGUUUGUAGGAGAGCCCAUCUAUCCGUCAGUUUGUAUUGUGUUUCCAAUAAAUUUCUGGAAAUCCU